AUGCUGGUGAUCCUGCUCAACUGUGUGACUCUGGGCAUGUUCCACCCCUGCGAGGACAUCGCCUGUGACUCGCCGCGCUGCAGGAUCCUCCAGAGCUUUGAUGAUUUCAUCUUUGCCUUCUUUGCUGUGGAAAUGAUCGUCAAAAUGAUUGCACUGGGGAUUUUUGGGAAGAAAUGCUAUCUGGGAGACACAUGGAACCGCCUGGACUUCUUCAUUGUCAUCGCAGGGAUGCUGGAGUAUUCCCUGGACCUGCAGAACGUCAGUUUCUCAGCUGUCCGCACCGUCCGCGUCCUGCGGCCGCUCAGGGCCAUUAACAGGGUCCCCAGUAUGCGCAUCCUGGUGACACUUCUUUUGGACACGCUGCCCAUGCUGGGGAACGUCCUCCUCCUCUGCUUCUUCGUCUUCUUCAUCUUUGGCAUCGUGGGAGUCCAGCUGUGGGCAGGUUUGCUCAGGAACCGCUGCUUCCUCCCCGAGAACUUCAGCAUCCCCUACACAGUGGAUUUGGAGCGAUAUUACCAGACAGAGAAUGAAGAUGAGAACCCUUUCAUCUGCUCCCAACCCCGGGAGAAUGGGAUGCGCUACUGCAGGAGUAUCCCAACACGGAGGGAAGAGGGUCUGGAGUGCACCCUGGAUUAUUAUUCCUACAAUGACACCACCAACACAUCCUGUGUCAAUUGGAACCAGUAUUACACCAACUGCUCUGCUGGGGAGCACAACCCUUUCAAGGGAGCCAUCAAUUUUGACAACAUUGGCUAUGCCUGGAUUGCGAUAUUUCAGGUCAUCACGCUGGAAGGCUGGGUGGACAUCAUGUACUUUGUCAUGGAUGCACACUCCUUCUACAACUUCAUCUACUUCAUCCUCCUGAUCAUUGUGGGCUCCUUCUUCAUGAUCAACCUGUGCCUGGUGGUGAUAGCAACGCAGUUCUCGGAGACGAAGCAGCGUGAGAGCCAACUGAUGAAGGAGCAGCGCGUGCGCUACCUGUCCAACGCCAGCACCCUGGCCAGCUUUUCAGAGCCAGGCAGCUGCUACGAUGAACUCCUCAAGUACCUGGUUUACAUUGCGCGAAAAGGCAGCAAGCAGCUUGUGAAGGCCUAUCGGGUGGCAGGUGUGAGGAUGGGCUUCCUCACCAGCCCUGAGAACAAGACAGGCACUGACCAGCAUGCCAGGAAGCGCCGGAGCAAGAAGAGGUCCUCCGUGCACCACCUCAUCCACCAUCACCACCACCACCACCACCACUAUCACCUGGGCAAUGGGAACCUGCGGGCACCCCGAGCCAGCCCAGAGAUCAGUGAUGUGGAGACCAGCUCACUCCACAAUGGGACCAACCGCCUGAUGCUCCCUCCCUCAGCACCAAACUCUCUUGGGGCUCCCAGUGCCUCUCCCAGCAACACUGAGUCUGUCCACAGCAUCUACCAUGCUGACUGUCACUUUGAGCCAGUGCGCUGCCGGUCAUCCCUCCCACAGCCAAGCCUUGGCUUGCCAAGCCCAGAGGGGAUCCCCAAGAACAUCGUGGGCAGCAAGGUGUACCCCACAGUGCACUCCAGUACCUCCCAUGAGAUGCUGAAAGAGAAGAACCUGGGGGAGGCAGCAGUGGGUGCUGGGAGCAGCACCUUGACAAGCCUCAACAUCCCACCUGGGCCAUACAGCACCAUGCACAAGCUGCUGGAGACACAGAGCACGGGAUUCUUUUCAGUCCAUGUUACAGAGAAAGGUGAUGGCUUUCCAGGUCCCUGCCAAAGCUCCUGCAAGAUCUCCAGCCCCAUGACCAAGCUGGACAGUGGCUCCUGCAACCCCGAGAGCUGCCCUUACUGCCUCACAGCGCUGGCGGGCGAGGCUGAGCUGUCGGACAACGAGACAGGUGACUCGGACAGUGAGGGGGUCUACGAGUUCACGCAGGACGCUCACUACAGCGACCAGAGGGACCCACAGAGGGGCAGAGCCCGGGCCAGGACUGCCGGCCGAGUACUGGCCUUCUGGCACGUGGUGUGCGAGACCUUCCGCAAGAUUGUGGACAGCAAAUACUUUGGCCGUGGGAUCAUGGUGGCCAUUCUGAUCAACACGCUCAGCAUGGGGAUUGAGUACCACGAGCAGCCAGAGGAACUUACCAAUGCCCUGGAGAUCAGCAACAUUGUCUUCACAAGCCUCUUUGCCUUGGAGAUGCUGUUGAAAGUCCUUGUUUAUGGUCCUUUUGGCUACAUUAAGAAUCCAUACAACAUCUUUGAUGGGAUCAUCGUGGUGAUUAGCGUGUGGGAGAUAGUGGGCCAGCAAGGUGGAGGGCUCUCAGUCCUGAGGACCUUUCGGCUCAUGCGGGUUUUGAAGCUGGUUCGCUUCAUGCCAGCCCUCCAGCGCCAGCUCGUAGUCCUCAUGAAGACCAUGGACAAUGUGGCCACGUUCUGCAUGUUGCUGAUGCUCUUCAUCUUCAUCUUUAGCAUCCUGGGGAUGCACCUCUUUGGGUGUAAGUUCGCUUCGGAGCGGGAUGGUGACACACUGCCUGACAGGAAGAAUUUCGACUCCUUGCUCUGGGCCAUCGUCACUGUUUUCCAGAUUUUGACCCAGGAAGACUGGAACAAGGUCCUUUACAAUGGCAUGGCAUCCACCUCGUCCUGGGCUGCUCUCUACUUCAUCGCUCUCAUGACAUUUGGGAAUUACGUUCUCUUUAACCUGCUGGUGGCCAUCCUGGUAGAGGGUUUCCAGACAGAGAAAGGCAAACUGGGAGUGCAAGAACAGGGUGAUGCUUCCAAGUCUGAUUCCGAGGGGGAUCUCUUCCCCCGCAGCCUGGAAGAGGAGGGAGGACUUAAGAAAAACUUGUCAAAUCCAGCCUGUGAACACCCUGCUGCCACACCGAUGCCCAUGCCCAAGAGUGCCAUGUUCGGAGAGGCAGCGCAGGGCUACGAGUCCCGCCGGGCCAGCGGUGUCUCCAUGGAUCCUGCCGUCUAUGAGCUCAAGUCCCCGCCCAGCACCCGCAGCUCCCCGCACAGCCCCUGGCGCGCCAGC